AUGCCCGAGGGUUGGAUAGCUCCGAUGGCCACAUCCACACUCUUUGGCGGUGCUGAACCGGCGACAGGCAGAGUGUUAGUGAUGAGUAGUGACGCCUACAUGGGCCUCACUCUCGUUAUCAUCACAGUCUGUAUAGACUUUCUUCUGGCUGACCUGUUACUGCUGUCAGCAUUCCACACAAGUGUUCUGGCUCUAUUCCCGGCUCUGGCGCACACCGUUCUCUCUAUCAGUGCUAGCAGUGUGCUGCUGGCAAUAGUACUGGGGGUGAUACCCUUAACCGUAGACCAGCUAUGGUACCAAUCCUGGGUAUACAUGUUAUGCGAUGUGAACUGGUCGAUAUCGCUCCUGUUGAUGGGGUUGACUAUGCUGGGGGUGUUAGUAGACGAGGAAGUCGAGGAGGCGGCCGACAAACAGACCGAAAGUGGGAAGGUCAAAGACUUGUCCGCACCUCCCAACAGUGCACCCAGGUGCAUUAAAAAGGGCUCUGGAGGUGCACCAGGCAGAUUACGGGGAGGUGAGAAGCCCAGGGGCAGAACGGGCAAGGCGGUCAAAGAGACCAACAUUAUCUGCGAGAAGGACAAGGCGGCGAUGAAACUGAGGGGGAAGAAGUCCGGUACCACUGGCAAGUGUGCAUCUCUGAUCAGUGAGAAGGAGAAGGCAGAGAUACUCCUGAGGGACAUAAAGCGUGAUGCCAAUAGGGGCAGUGCCGGGAGUUGUCCCACUAUACUCAGCGAGAAGGAGAAGGCGGAGAUAGAUCUGCGGGUGAAUAAGUACGUGGCCGAACGGGUCGCUCAGAUGCGAGCUGAGAUAAGCAGGCAGCGUGACGAGAGGGCACGCCAGUGCGCCGCCGGCCUCGACAGUACUAUAAAUAGCAGCGCGGGAUAG